AUGGACGAAAAAAUUGAGGAACAUGCUACUUCUUCAAGUAAUUCAAAAGCCAAUAAACAAAAAGAUAAUAAAGACAAACCCGGAAUAAUAUAUUUAAGCACAGUUUCAGAAUAUAUGAGCGUUCAAAAGUUAAGAAAUGUAUUUGGAGAGUUUGGUGAAGUUAACAGAACAUUUUUUCAACCCGUGGAAAAAAGCUACUCUUAUAAGAAAGGCCUGCUGUUUACUGAAGGAUGGGUAGAAUUCUCAAAGAAGAGUGUAGCCAAAUAUGUGGCUCUGGCUUUGAGCAAUACACAAGUUGGUGGCAAAAAAAGGAAUCCUUGGUUUAAUUGCAUAUGGAAUAUAAAGUAUUUGCCUAAAUUUACUUGGACUGAUGUAAAUGACACAUCAUCUGGGAACAAAGGAAAACAACAAAGGAAAACAUUUGGUGGUAGUGAUGAAAAUGAAAGCAUCUUUUGUAAUGAGUCAUAUAUUUGGUUCCAGUAA